AUGACCGAUACCAUGUAUCCCGACGAAGUUCUCGCAAACUUGGUGCAGGCCGCGACGGUGCUAGCCGACGAACAGAAUGCGAGUCCGUCGUCACUAGGCAAGCGGAAACGAGAUGAUGAUGGCCCUCAGACUGCGCGCAGCACCGCCAAUUCGCUGGCUGGGGAAGCGCACGAAUCUGAAGAAGGUUCUCACCCUCCUCAACUACAGAGUUCUGCGUCCGUUUUGUUUCGGGAGCCUUCGAGUAAGAGUCGGAAGUACAGUAGACCACCUCUCGGGAAGGUCUUCACUUCAUUACAACUUGCUCCAGAGAAUUUCCUGCGCCUUCAGAAUGCCGCCAAGGCCUACAUGCUGGAUGAAGCGCACCCUGAACGCAGGGAUGUGGUUGGGCAUAAGAAACAUAUGGGCGGCGCUGACGUUGCAAAACUGAAUCUUUGGCGUGUCGUGGAGGAAUUCUUGACAAAACAUGGGUUUGGAGCCAAGUUCUUCGGCCCUGGAGUUGGAGCAGGAAUUCCCGGAGCGCCUCAAAGAAGCCUUACAUGGCCACAAGAUAGUCAGUCUAUCAUCAAAUUGAUGAUGCCGUUGAUGAGAAAGAUGGUCACAAACGAGCGUCAACGUGUUUAUGCAGCGACUAGUAGAAAGGGUGGCUCUGCAAUCCCAGGUGAAAAGGCAGAUUCCCCCUUUGACGUCGGCGAUUCUAUCAUGUCCACAGAGAAUGAAGCGCUCUCUUCGCCACGUCCAACGGAAGCCGCCACCCUGCCAGAGGUCACAAGUACGAAUCCAGCUGAGCAACCCACGCAAUCUCCGAGUGCAACACAGCAAUUGAAUACGGCAUUCAAACAAUCCAUUAUUCUCUAUGUGAAUGUAGUCUCCAACACCGGCGGUGCGUUGAGAAGAGAGAUCCCUCGCUUCACACUCACUCCAGAUUCUGCGCCCAGUCUCGCGGCCUUGAUCGCCGAGGUCGAACAGAGAUACAAGAGACCACCACCCCAAGAUACUUCCAUGGAACCUAAAGCGCCAAUUAUCAAGGUGUGGCUGACUGACGGAUUGGUGACGGUUGCAGAAGAUGGCGAAUGGAUGGUAGCACUUUUGAGCGCAGGUGUGGUUGACUGGAUGGACGGUGAGAUCAGGGUUUUGAUUGAGGUUUGA